UUGUUAAUUAUGUUUUAAAAUUUCGUGCUCGCUUAAUCUAAAUAAUUUAUUAGUAUAAUAUAUAUACAAUUUUGUAUGUGGAUUUAUAGAGUAAUCGGCAGAAGAGUUUUUAAAGUACAUUAUGUGGAAGUCGUCUGCUGGAGUCAACAUUGAGGUACCGGUUGAGAACACGGAUGAUGACUGGGAAACUGAUCCAGAUUUUGUGAACGACGUGAGUGAGGAAGAACAAAGAUGGGGUUCACGCACUGUCCCUGGUUCCGGACGUGUAUUAGAUCAUGUCGAUAUGAGUCAAUUACGAGAAGAAGUGACUAAGGCUCACGAAGUUCAAAAGAAAAAAGAAAUGGAAGAAGGGCCUCAAGCAGCUUUUGGAUAUGGUGGUAAAUUUGGUGUGCAAUCUGACAGGUAUAGUUGUUUUAAUAUUAAAUACAUUUUUAUAAUAAACUGUAAUUUGUUGUGUUUUAUUAGAAUGGAUAAAUCAGCUGUUGGACACGACUAUAUUGCACCUCACUUUAAGCACGCUUCACAGACUGACUAUAGUUCUGGUUUUGGUGGUAAAUAUGGUGUUCAAUCAGAUCGAAUUGACAAGAGUGCUGUCAGUUGGAGUCAUAAAGAAAAAGUGGAAAAACAUGGAUCUCAAAAAGAUUAUAGUUCUGGUUUUGGUGGAAAAUUUGGUGUGCAAGCUGAUCGUCAGGAUAAAAGUGCUGUUGGAUGGGAUUAUGUGGAAAAAUUACAAAAGCACGAAUCCCAAAAAGAUUAUGCUGUUGGUUUUGGUGGAAAAUUUGGUGUGCAGUCAGAUCGUCAAGAUAAGUCUGCUGUUGGGUGGGAUAAUGUAGAAACUGUGGAAAAACAUCAAAGUCAAGUAGACCACAGUAAAGGUUUUGGAGGAAAGUUUGGUGUUCAAAAUGAUAGGUUAGAUAAAUCUGCUCAUAAUUAUAAUGAAAGUUCUGGUCAGGUUGGGACAAAUUAUGAAAAACAGAAACCAGAAAUAACAAGUAUUAAACCAUCAAGUCUUAGAGCAAAAUUUGAAAAUAUGGCUAAGCAAGAAGAAGAAGAAAAUGAAAAGCGGCGUUUAGUAGAACAAGAAAAAAGAAAACUAAGAGAAUUACAAGAAAAAAAGGAAGCUCGUGAAAGAGAAGAAAAACGUUUGAAAGAAUUACAAGAGAAAGAAGAACAAAAACGAAAGCUUCUUGAUGGUUCAGAAAAAGUUAAAAACACUCCAAUUACAAAAAUUGAUUGUGAUGAAGAAGAGUUACCAAUAUCUAGCGAAUUUAUUCGUCCUCCAGUUGUUGUUGGUGCAACUAUUCAACCAUCUGUGAAAAAUGAUGAGGAAGCAUUAAAAAAAAUUACAGCAGAUGAAGAACGUAAACGAAAAGAAGAACAAGCUAAAAUUGAAAGAGAAAAUACUAUACUGAUACAGAAGCUGAAGGAAGAUGAAAAAAUAAAUGAAGAAAUAAAGAGACAACACGAGAGGUUAAAAUUAGAAGAACAGCAAAAAAUGAAUGAAGAACUAUUAAAAGAUAAUGAGAAUAAAAAAAAGGAAGAUUUGGCUAGAGCUGAAUUAAAAAAAAAAGAAGAAGAAAAAAUUAUAGAAAAUAAGAAAAAAUUAGAAGAAGCAACAAGAAAAAAAUUAGAAGAAGAAGCAAUCCAGAAAAAACUUGAGGAAGAAUCAAUAAAGAAAAAACUAGAAGAAGAGUUGGCAAAGCAAAAACUAGACGAAGAGUUGGCAAAGCAAAAACAAGAUGAAGAGUUGACUAAGCUUAAAUUGGAAGAAGAGGCCAAGAAAAAAGAUGAGCAAAAUAGACUUGAAGAGGAAAGACAAUUAGAAGAACAAAAACUGCAUGAGCAACUUAAGAAUGGAGCAGCAUCUGAAGAAGAUCCAGAAGGUGGAUAUAUUGCUGUGGCUUUAUAUGAUUAUCAAGCAUCUGCUGAUGAUGAAAUAAGUUUUGAUCCCGAUGAUAUUGUGACAAACAUUGAAAUGAUUGAUAAAGGUUGGUGGAGAGGAUUAUGCAAAGGUCAAUAUGGUUUGUUUCCAGCCAAUUAUGUUGAAAUUAUUAAUUAGUAUAAUUAUUGCCAGUAAUUAUAUUUAAGUGUUUUAAGUGAUCGAGCAAGUUAUAAUGUAAAGUCUAACCAACAAAACAAAAUCAUAUGUAAUAUAAUAUUUAUAAAUAAAUUG